AUUCUGUCACAGUGAAUAUCUCUGAGAGCGAAUGACUUUGAGCGAAAGCAAGUCUUAAUAUGUUUUCUGCUAGUGAACAUCAAUAAAUAAUGUUUUGUGAAAUUUUGUGACGACCGAAGUUUAAGAUGUAGAAUUGAAUCUGAUUUACCAUUUGGUCACUCCUCCCUGUAGUAAUAGGUGGAAGUCCUAAAUUUACAAGAAAUGAAUGAAGAAGCUGCUCAUGAGUUGGAGUUAAAAAGAGCACCUCCUACAUGGUUGACAUUUAUUAGGAUUUUCUUCAGACGAAGAGUUCUAAUGCUUGCCUUGAAGAUAAGCAGUGCAGCAGGCUUAAUGAUGCGUUAUAAGUGUUUGGGAUUCCUGCUAGUGAUGUACUUUGUGGCCUUUGGUUGACUUGUUUCUUGUCAACACCUUUUGUGUGUAUGUACACAGUUGUCUUUGGAUGAGUUGUUAUUCCUUACUUGCACAGAUAUUAUGGUUGUGCAUUGGUGUCUUUCAGUGACAUAAAUUUUAAAUGCUCAAUGAAUAAACUUUGUUUUGGCAGGUAUAUUGUAAAAUGGAAAUAGUAGCUGUAAGUUUUAAGUCUCUGAUAAAAUCAAUGUACCCAUGCCACAGCCUAGUUCCACAUAAUAGACUGGGAAAUGUGUCAUGGCAAUGCUAUUACAGAAAGUAUAAUACUAGUCAGCAUUAUAUCAGACAGUAUUACCCAGUUCUGAGGAAUGGUGGUGUUUUAUGUCCACAAGUGAAGUCUCAAAGACAAACAUUUGUACAUUUCUCUGUGAACAAUGCCGGCAACCGAUAUUUACAUACAUCAUCUCCAAAGUGUGCAUUGCCUCCAGCGCUGUUGUUAUUUUUGAGGCCCCUGUCUAAAUUUGCGGCUAUUUUGUUUGGCCGCUCAUUACGUAUGUGGUGGAAGAAAUUACCUGCUGAUAAAAGACUGUUCAUGUUAGAAGCAUUUCGAAGCCAUAGAUACCUCCUUCUUGGUCUUGGGGCAUCCAUUGGAGGUGGAAUUUGUUAUUUUUAUAUAACGCACCUAGAAGUUGAUCCACUGACAAAACGAGAGAGGUUUAUUGCCUUCUCUGAUGACCAAAUGAAAGCAAUGGCGAAGAUAGAACAAGAGGCGAUGCUAAGUAAGUUUCAUGGAUGUGUCUUACCAGCCUCCCAUCCAGUUUACAAAGAGGUGGCUAAAGUGGCAAUGCAUAUUCUGGAAAGCAAUAUGGAUAUUGACAAAGUUAAACACACAAACUGGUCUCUCAUUGUCAUCAACAGCAUUGAUGAUAAAAAUGCAUUUGUUCUUCCGAAUGGCACAAUAUUUAUAUUUACGGGAAUGCUGACAGUGUGCAAUAGCAUAGACCAGCUGGGGAUUAUUAUAUCUCACGAAGUAGCACAUGUACUUCUGUCACAUAUGGCAGAGCAGAUGAGCAGAUUGCAUUUACAUGAAUUAUUGAUGAUUGUGCCAAUUAUUAUAUUAUGGGCAUUGUUUCCUGAUGGUGUUGCCAUGUUUUCUCAAUGGUUGUCCAAUUUGUUUGUAAAUACUCUUGUUCACUUACCGUUUAGUCGCAGUGUUGAGUCUGAAGCUGAUGAAGUAGGUUUGCAGUUGGCUGCCAAGGCAUGUCUGGAUGUAAGAGAGGCCAGUGCAUUUUGGGAGAAGAUGAAAUCACUCAGUGAUAGUGAAUCUGAGGAAGUAAUUGAAUUCUUGUCUACCCAUCCUGCAUAUGACACGAGAAAGAAGUUUUUGGAUUCGAAAGUUCCAGAAGCCAUGAAACUCCGAGAAAAAUGCAAUUGUCCAGCUCUUUCACCUCUUGACCCAAGAACUAUUAUUAAGACUGAAAUUUCACGGAAAAUACUAUAAUAACGUUGCAAGAUUCAACAGCGCAGACUCCUUGGUGACAGGAGUUUCAUCAUAUAUGGACAUGUAACACUUGAGAUCAGGACCAUAUGAGGUAUCACAGUGGUAAGACACUGGAACUGUGUGGGAGGACAGUGGUUCAAAUCCCCAUUCAGUCAUGUAGACUUAAAUAUUCCAUGGUUUCCCCAAAUAGGAUAAGCCAAGGUAGUUCCUUUGUAAAGGUUACACGCCUGAUUUCCUUCACUCCAUCUUUCUACAAUUGGAGCUUGUGCUCCACCUCUAAAGAUGACCUUGUCGACUGAAUGUUAAAGCCUAUCUUAUUCUUUUGUACUUGAUAUCAGGAUGUGUGUGUUUUCUCAGAAAAUAAAUGAAAUUGAUCUUGUUUUUUGUCAGUUGUUAGUGCAUCUUGCUAAGGAGUGUUCAACAUAUGCUUUGUAAUAGUAGUCUAUAACACAUUGAUGUCUAUACUAAACAGAAUUUCCUGUAUCCCAACAGUUUAAAUUUAUAUUGCAUUUUUGUGUGCAUUUGUAAUUUGAAAUUAUAAAACAACAAAAUAAUGAUGCUUCCAUUAUUUUAUAGUGAUAGCCACCAGUUUUUAGUGACUUGUUGGCUGUCAGUUUUCCCAUAGUGUACUUGCAUGAAUAUGUAACAUAUGUGGUCCAACUCCUGCUAUGGAUUUUCUUGUGUGGAAAUUUAAUAGCAUAAUGUUGUCAAAGCAUUCUGUAUUUUUCCUGAUUGCAUGUCUGCAAGCAGCCUGUUUCUAUUUUUCAGUCUAUUCUUGACUGAAAGACAGAAUUUACAUUUUUAAAUUUAACACUUUGGGUACAGGGUGUUUAAAAUGUGUACCAUGUUCAUACUGGAGAUAAUAUUUGUCAAAAUCUAACAAAAGUCCUGCAAGCAUAUGUGUGAAAACAAAGACUUGUUAAUGUAUGGGCCAUUCUGUCAGAACAGCCAUUGGUUUCUCAUCACUCCAGUAGGUGUGUGUUAUCAUCCUUUAGCACUUAUUAAACAACCAUGCAAACACACCUGAAAGCACUCAGAUUUGGUAGGCAUCAAUGGCCUCAAUGUCAUGCGCCCAGGCAAUCUUAAAAUCAUCACCAUAAUCCGAUUUAAUUAUAUGUACAAGAAACAGCCGCCUGUAAGUUGUGCAUGUUGUUGAAAUGUGUGUCAUACACAAUGCUUUUAAAUGUCCCAUUUGCCAUAACAUUCAAGUGAACAGGGACACCACACUGCUAGACCAUUUUGAUGAAUCCAUCACUCAUUAAAUGUUUUGGUUAAAGAUAGAAGAUGAAAUGGUGCCCCAUUGUGCAUGAACCACAUCUGUUGUUUUUCUGCAAGAGUAACAUUGUCCAGUAACAUGGAUCAUUUGUCAUGCAGAAGUUGUUGUGGAACAGUGUUUGUUAGUGUGACAGUAAAGGGUACAGCCUCGUGACUAUGUUACUAUCAUUUCUGCCCAUUCAUAGAUACGAAAGUGGACCUGUUGUCUUAUUUCAAUGAUCACACUCUGUUUUGAAAGUGCUCACAUUGUGAGUGUUGUGAGAAUCUGUUUCAUGGGAACUUCAGCAGCUUCAUACAGGCACGUUACUGCAGCCCUGAAACUGUAUUGUAUUUGGGAAUUUAAUGAUAAUGUAGGAAUGCAUAAAUAACUAUACUCCUUCCAGUCAUUCAUGAACUGAACACUGAGUAUUGGUUCUUAAAAUUUUUUUUAGAUUUCGCAUUUGCUGGUCUGAAAAAAAAAAUGCUUCUCAAAAAUACAUUACUGCUUUAAUUUGGUCAUCAUGCCUUCUCUUGGAUGUAUCUGUCAAGCUCAUAUCGCAUUUCCCAAUUCACUGCAAUGUGUGUUUUAUGAAAUAUGUAACUCAUUCUGGUGGCUUAGCUGUAUCUGUAAUGAUAUUACCUACUGGAUUAUUUUUAUGUACAGUAGUAGUUCCACUAGGAGUGUGGAAAUUGAAAUGAAAUUUGUAAUGUUACUAUUUCCACUGUUGCUUAUAUGUUUCUUCUACACUUGCAUUUAUUAUAUCUUUUCCCUUUUGGUCUGUGUUGACAUUUCUUUAACUGCCUCCAUUUUGUUACAAAUGGAUACUGACACAAUGUAGUUAGCUGUCAGCUGUAAGCAGUGCACCCAAAUUGUAAUUUCUCAUCGUGAAAAACUUCAGUUGGAUUCUGAGUGUAAUACAGAGUCCAACAGAAAAAUAGAGCAUGGCAUUGGGGCCAGUACAUCUGUCAGAACUUAAAAUUAAUAUCUGGAAGCUCUCUUUUCAUUUGGAAUGUAAAUGGGGCUAUUUAAAGUAAACUUGCUUGUGAUUUCUGAGAUGUUCUCAGGUUGAGUGAUUAAUAGUGAGCUUUCUUCUGUUCAUAUGAACUGUUAUUUCCAUUUUUGUGCAAUAUUUAAGUGACCAUCCCAGCCUUCAUGCUGGGUCUGUCAUCAAAAUAUUGUGCAUAAAAUGGAAACGGUGUGGCUGAAUGCCCAGAAGCCCAAUAUUAAAUUCACUUGCAUCAGAUCAAAUCAGAGAAAAACAUUUUUCUCUCCAGUGAUCCUGCAACUAUCCCAUAACCUAUCCACUCUUAUAAAACUAAAACAUCAGCACAUUUGAAAAAGCGCAUGUUUGUUACUCGUGAAAGGACUGUUGCAUAAUUUGUGUUUAUGGGUCCAUUCUGUGAUACCUGCUUAUAUUUUUGUGCAUGGGUUGGAGAAGUAAAGUAAUAUUUGAUACUUGUUCCGUUUUGUUAACUAUGCUUGAGGUGUAACCUGAAAUGAGAUGUACAGAGUUACAGAAGACUGGUUAAAAACCAAACCCUUAAUGACUAAUAUGUCAAAUUUCAACCUCAUGUUGGUACUAAUUUUGAGUUUGGCUUUCCAUGCCUUUGUAGUAUCAAAAUGUGUCUAUAUUAUGAAAAUAAAUGUGAAAAUAUUAGCUUUUACCAUCAAACUGGUAGUACUUACAGUAAAACUGUGUGAAAAAUAUUCAGUUCCUUUCUUUCACACUCUUUGAUGUUUCAUUCUUCUCUUAUUAGAAGGUCUUUCUGCUGUAUAAAUGCCACUUUUAUAUUCACAAAUGUCCCCAAACAUUGAAAUUCAUUUUUGCAUUCUGUCAGAAAUAAUCAGUGUGAAGUAAUUAGUUAAUUGUCAUGUUUGGUAUGUUACCUUAUGAGGUUGGCCUUUUUUUUGGAAAUUUUUAUAGUUCUACAUAAGUGUGUUUUUGUGAACUAUUUAUUGAAUAGUUUUGUAUAUUCAGUGCUUAAAAUUAUGUAUCAGAAAUGGCUUAAUUUGUGAUAAAGUUUUUGUGAUUAUCAUUAACAAACAUGUGCAGUCCUAAACUAAAUGUUUUUAAAAUGUGUAUUAAAAGUAUUGAGAAUGUGAAAGUCAUGAUACAAUUAUAUACUUAUGACUAUACCAUUGGCCACAAUGUAGAAAAAUGAGGUUGCAAUAAAAUACAUUGCUCUAAAAAUGUAGUCCUCUAAUU